AUGAGCCGUGAAAUUCCAAAACCGGAAUUCAAAUCUGCUACCAGGGUGACUGGGGGGCCUGUCACUCCCAGGAAAGGCCCUCCCAAAUUCAAACAGAGACAAACCAGGCAGUUCAAGAGCAAGCCACCAAAGAAAGGUGUUCAAGGGUUUGGUGAUGACAUUCCUGGUAUGGAAGGCUUGGGAACAGAUAUCACUGUGAUCUGUCCCUGGGAAGCUUUCAGCCACCUGGAGCUCCAUGAACUGGCACAGUAUGGUAUCAUUUGAAGACGUAGAAGCCAGAAACAGGCCGGAUACAUGCCUUUCAUUCAACAAAGCAAGA